CACACCCCAGCACCACCGCCUCCUCCUUCUCCUCCCCCUCCUCUCCGGACACGCUGUAGACGCUCGAUUCCGGCGCAUUGCUGGGCUUUCCCCGUUUUCUCCGGCAUUGUUUUUGGACCCGAGUGUCCCGCAGUGACCAUCGACUGACUGCUGGACUGCAGCAAGUAGUCUGCACCCCCCCUCACUUGUUUGUGCUCGGUGUACCGAGAGAGCUCAGGCAUGCCAUCUGUUUCGACCGGCAACAUUGUUGUCUGGGCCGAAAUUCGCUUCACUACUUGAGGGAAUCAAAGUUGCUGCAAUGGAGACUCCGGGGAGUGAUGCAGCUCUCACAUACUUGGGGAAAGCUGAAGACAGAGACGGAUACUACGAUCUGGAACAUCUGCCUCCGCUGCUGGAAGAUGAGGAGAAUGUGUCUCUGGCAGACAUCCUUUCUUUGCGGGACAGCUGUUUGUCUGAGGUGGAGGUGUGGGCGGUGUGUGCAGAGUGUGUUCUGGCCCUGCAGAGCAUCAGACCCUCCCACCUCUUCCAUACUCUGUGUAUAACACCGGACACGCUGGCCUUCAAUGCCCAUGGGAAUGUUUGCUUCAUGGAGCAGCUCAGUGAUGAUCCUGAAGGCUCCUUUGUGCCUCCUGAGUUUGAUAACACAGGCAGCACGUUUGAGGGCCAUGUUUACUCUCUGGGCUCCACGCUUUCUGCCGCACUGAACUUUGUCAUCGAGCCAGAGCUAGAAGCUGAGCUGGGAGAAGAAAUCCAGAAGCUGUUGGAGCAGAUGCAGGAGGAGAAGCCUGAGGACAGGCCACUGCUGCAGGACAUCAUGUCUCUGGCUGAAGCACGGCUGUCUCAUACCUCCUCUGCAGCUGUGUGCCGGAAACUUUCUUCUAUCGGGCGACGGGUGCUUUCCAUUGAAUCAGUUUCAACAUUUCAAGAUGGACAGGAAGGCUCCUGGGAGGCAAGAUGGCAGCAUCCGAAACCCAGAUGUCUGGUUAGCAGACAGAGCUCAGAUGAUAAUACCAAAGUCCUGUGCAGUGACAGCUCUGUUAAGACGAAUGGUCUGUCUAGACAGCAGGUUUGUGGGGGCUGGGAUUCCUCUCUCUGGGCUGAGGACAUGGACAACUGUGAAGGAGACGACAUGAUCUUGGCUGAUGAGAUGGACUGCAGGUCCCACAACAGCUCCCCAGUGAGGAGGAGAGCCCAGCAGAGGCUGAACAGGGUCAGAGGGGCUCUUAACCGCUCCUGCUCUGUCCCAGACUCUAACAACCCCCCCUCUCUUUCCCCUCCAACACAUGGAGAUAUCAGUAUACCAGUGUCUGACCUCACAGAGAUAGGAGCAGAUGAACACUUGAGCUGCAAGUCUGUGUGGAGUAACAGACUUCAAAGACUCAACCGGGGCAUGUCCUGUGAAUCUUACCCACAUAGUGGCACUGAGGAUUAUGUGAAUUCAGAUGUGGACAACCAGAUAUCACAAGAAGACAAGGAUGCUGCAGAGACUUUACAUAGUGGAGAAACAAAGAGUCAAGAGUGCCAUGAAAGGGAAUCCAAGGACUGUGUCCAGGAUUUAACAUCUUCCUGUCAGAACCUGGAAAUGGAACACGACUCUUCUGGGGACCAGGGCUCAUUGAACCACAGCCUCUACAUUCCUAAUAACCACAUGACCAAAAGCAUGCUGUGCCUGAAUGAAGAAUCUCAGGAUGAGUGGAUCUCUCUAAGAGAGUUACUCACUCGUUGUGGACGGAGGCUGACGGUUAAUGAGCUGUGGGCUCUGUGUUACACCUGUCUGUCUUCACUGCAGACCUACAUUGACUUUCCAGCCUAUUUAUGCCUAGACACGGUGUACGUGGGCUGCGAGGGAGAGGUGCUUUUCUUGAAACCUAAAAACAUUGGACCCCGAGAUGAAUUUUAUCUUGCUCCUGAAUAUCAAGAACAUGGCAUUGUGACUGAAAAGGUUUGCGUGUAUGGGGUUGCUGCUAUUCUCUGGGCCACAGCCAAGUUCAGUUUAUCACCGAAUCAAAAACUGGCAAUGCCUCGCAAACUGAAGAGGCUGCUCCUGGAGAUGGCAAAGAGGACGCCUAUUGAGAGACCUAGCAUCAUUGUGGCUAAAAAGAGCUGUCGUGACUACUUAUUACGUCAAGGGACAAGUGCUGAGACUGUGUGGAACAACCUCAUCAGCAGAGUUCACCCGCCAGUUUCAGAAUCCACUGAUGCAGAAGAUUUAAGCGCAACUGAAACUCAUCAAAGCUCAUGUGAAGAGUCUGAACAAAACAACAGUGGCUUUGUGCCCAUGGCCACUGAGAGCCGACUGGCUCCUGUGCCUGGCCCUGUUCCCCACAGCUAUCCAGUCAGCAAGGAACUCCAACUCCCAGAAGCCUUCACUUCCACCGCCACACACUUCACCCCCAUCAUCCUGACCAAUGAGGGGGAGCCAGAGGAGGAGAGCCAAAACCUCGGAGCUGCCAUUGAAGGGACUGUGGAUGGAUUCUCAGAAACCAGAGAACACAUCGAGGAAAGGGAUGAUUUCACUUCACACUCUGAGUACCCACAGGCUGAGCCCAGUCUACAUACAGAGGAGUUGCCUGUUAAUCAGACAAUCAUAACUACAACUCCUACAACUUCCAGCAACAAGAUACCGGUCAACUCUUCUUCUUCUCUCCCUAAUAUUUCCUGUCUUGAGGUGUCUCUUCCUCAGCCAUUAUCUACUAACCUCAACGGUUGUGGUGUCUUCAACAAUUACCUCUUUUGUCAGGAUCCCAUAACAGGACAUCUUUCUUUAGUGCCUGUGCAGGUCAGGGCUCCCGAGUCUCUCCUCGGGUUGGAUAUAAAUCUCUCCCUGGUCCCACAGCCUCUGCAAGGACUAAUCACAGUUCCAGAGGACGCUGACGGUCCGUUUAUUAACUGUCUGAAUUCGCCUGUGAGGCCUGAAACCCAGGAAUACGACCCAUCAUCAAAUUUCAGUGGUAGCUCCAUCAUCUCUGACAGCCCUCUGGGUCAAAGCGUUCCCAGAGCUUACAAUGGACAAACAAAUCCAGGAGCACAAAGUGAGAGCCAGUCUCCUUCAGAGUCCGUCUGCCCCAAAGUCCAUCCUGCCUUACAGGAAGUGAUUGACCUGCUCAAGGGAGAGUUUUCACUUGAUGGCUAUUUGGAUAAUGGACAUGAGGACGUCGCCAUGGGGGAGUACAUCUUCUCUUUGAAGGACCUCCAGUACCACACCUUUGCCAGUGUUGUGAAGGAGAGGUUCAGUGAUCUGUACUGGGAAGAGGACUUGCUGGGUGUUUUACACUGCCUGGUCAACUACAGCCCAUCCACACUCGGCUCUAAUGAGCAGCCUCCAUCAAAGGAUGUGAAAAGGGCAACCCUUACCCCACCCUUGAUAGCAACUGUCUGGAGAGGGAAGAGAGAAGUUUGCCUGCACGGCCAUCUUGAUCUGAAUGGAAACAUUCACACUUCCAGUCCUGCUGCUUUGGACUCUUGGGAAGAAACCGAGGCCCGGUCCUGUCACGGAGAAAAUGAGACUGCACUUGAAGAUUUGGAAUUAAGAUCAGAGCAGAGUCAACACUGCAUCGUUCAAGGCAUGAGCACAGACGGUUCAGACGCAGGGGUCAUGGAGGGAGGAGAUCAUUCAGUGGGGGGCAGCGAUGAAAGCCCCUCUGAAGCUGAGUUUCUGUCAGGGAGAGAGGAAGGGCUGCCUGGAGCCCACGACGAGCAGAUGAGCCCCGACUGCUCGGAGGACAUGGAGGACAGCGAUUCCCUGGUGUCCGAGCGACUCCUUUCUCCUGGAUCCAGAGCAGAGGGACUGGGCCUCAGCUUCAGCCCGGCUUGGGCCUUGGCCUUUUUUGGAGAAGAUUGCUUCAAUUCAGAGGUCAUACAGUACGCAAUGAAUCUGGGACAGCACACAGGAUCGCCAUGUUUAGAUGUGAAGAUACAGGAACUGCAGCAGCAGCUGAUUAUUGAAACAAGGAAUCUAAAGAAAACAAGGAAUUUCUACCAGAAGCUGAUUCAACAGGAGAGAAAAAAUAAAGGUUCUGAGAGCAAAGUGAUGCUGUCCAAACUCAAGUCCCAGCUCGAGGAACUUAGAUCCAAAGUGGUCUUCUUGGAUUGUGUGAAGAAAUACCUUGAGAUUCUGAGUGUGGACCAGUGGGGUUUGGAGGUUUCAUUAUUACCCUCUUUGGCCGUCUCUGGACCUGGUUCUUUGAACCUCCAAUCCUCUGAAGACCCUUCUAUUCUGAACUUUGGCACCAGCAAAGGGAAGAGCACUCUGCAGGCCGGGUCUCCUCUGGGCCUCAUGGCUUACCUCUACACCAGAAAUGCUGCCGUGGAGGGCUACAUCCAGCAGUUCCUGUAUACCUAUCGUUUCUUCUGCACUCCUGAGCAGUUACUGCAGUUCAUAUUGGAUAAAUUCAUCAGUUCUGCAAGAGAAGGUCCAAACAUGUCAGGAGACAGUGAAAAGAUCUUCCAUCGCAGUCUGGACCUGCUCCAGUUCUGGAUAACAGACUGUAAACAGGUGGACUUCACAUCAAAGUCCAGUCUUGUGGAUACAUUAGAAAACUUUCUUAAUACAGAGGUAAUUCCUGUAGACAGCCGAGGGGAGGCACUUCUUGCUGCUCUGCAUAGCCCACCAAGUACAAGUUGGAGCCAAGGGAGAGGAAGCCUAAUCAGCAUUGAGGAGGAUGAGGACUCUGUGUGCUUGCAUUCAUCUACUGAGGAUCUUGGCAGAAAGUGGAGAAUCUCAAGAGUGGUGGAGCCCUCUGCAUCCAUGCCUAAAGAGAAGGCCUUCUCCAUUGCAGCAGCUUUGCCUGUGCCUUGCUAUAGCUCCCUGGUGGACGACCUCUCCAGCGUCUGCCUGCAUAGUGAGGAGCGACUCCCGUUCAGCCAGAAUGAAUACAGCGCGCAGCACAUUGCUCAACAGCUCACCCUCCUGCAGCAGGAAAUGUUCCAAGGAUGUCAUCCAGUUAAUUUCCUCAACUCCAGGGUACAAGGAGUCAGAGACAAAGUCUUGAUGCCCAACAAGAAUGUGUCCCAGCACAUCCCACCAGCAGAGGGCAGCAGUCUGCUUUCAUCUGAGGGGACAUCGUCAGACAGCCAUCUCCAGCGGCUGCUCACAUAUGCAGACAGUGUCACUCACUGGGUCUCUUCAGAAAUAGUAAUCUGUGACUCCUCAAAGACGCAAGUUGCUUUGCUGACCAAGUAUCUGUGGAUAGGAAAACACUGCUAUGAAUCCAGGAACUUUGCCACAGCCAUGCAGGUCCUCGGAGGUCUGGAGAACGUGAUUGUCAGGCAAUUACCAGCUUGGAAACAUCUGUCUUCCAAGGUGUUUGAGAUCCUGGAGGAGCUACGAGCUGUGCAGGUGUUUCUGAAGAGUGACGACCUGUGUCUGAUGGGGGGAGAACACUCGAGGAGGAGGCCCACCCUGCCGUCAGCACACAUCCUGGCCAUGCACGUCCAGCAGCUGGAAAUCGGAGCGUUCACACUCACUACUGGAGCCUACAAAUGGACCAAGCUCAGGCGCAUAGCAAAGGUUGUGAGUCAGGUCCACGCCUUCCAGGAGGCAGCAUACACCUACAGCCCGGACCGGGAGCUGCAGGCCUACCUUCGGCGCCGCAUCGCUCGGCUCGCCACCUCUGACAUCCACCUCUUGGCCGCCGGCAACGAUGCCAACUUCCAGCAAUCCAGUGAGCGACAAACACGGAGAAUCCAGGACACACUGAGGAGGGUAAAGGCCACCUUCCAGUGAGUCCUGCCCCACUCAGAUCUCAAAGAGUGAGUCAGUACCAACAGGUCAACACCCCAUGUCCAAGCCUAGACUGAGGCUCCGUGUCCCAGGCAUGACCCUCAGAUGCCUCUGUUGGUCCCAGCAGCAGAGCCUUGUAGACCGGAAAACCUUUUUCUACUGUUGUAUGUUCACCAUUUGUCAAAUGCCCCUUAACUUCAGUCAGUAAUAUUAGUUUAGACUCCCACCCACACUUUAUUUAUAACUCACAGCCUUUAGAUUACUUUGAAAUAUUUCUCCCUCAGCUCCUGUACUGACAUUUUUUUUUAUUACCAUUGGUUGACUGUUGCUGUAAUUUAGUUGUUAAGGCCUCCAUAUAGUAAUACAUGGGCAGUGAUGCAGAACCCAUGCCCAACAUCAAGGCUGGAUCAACAUGACAAAGUUGGCAAGUGCACCAGGGGCCCGAGAGGAGAGCCCAAAAACAAGUUCACAGUGUAGCAAUGUGGUAAUCUGAUCAGUUGUAACUUAAGGAAUAUGCAGCAACAAAGCACAACAUCUACUGACGUGAUGAGGACUUUAAUCCUCCUUUUUUUGAAAAUAGCAGUGUCAGAAUGUCCACCACUUUGGUCUGGACUGAAAUGUCUAAACAGCUAUUGAAUUAAUGUCCAUGAAAUUCUGAAAGCAGAGUGGAAAACCAGUCAUGUCUGAGCUGCUUCUGCUGCAGUGGUCCCUUAGUUAUCUGUUUUUGUGGCUAUUUUAGUUUUUUCUUCUUCUCCUCACCACACUGUCAGAUUAUGAUGAAUGUUUAACUUGUUUUCAGGUUUAACUUUGUCUCAAAUUCCCUCUGGCUAUUACUCUCACCAAAAAUGCUUAAAGAAGCCUGGACUUUGUCAUUGGUUCAUCAUUUAUAAAAUGUUUUCGGCAGCUCCAUUACAGUAUGGCAAGUGUUGGUCACAGCUCAGUAAACUACCACCAAAAACCGUGUGUUUUACUGUUGCAGGUUUAAGAAAGGAAAAAAAAAACAUUCCUGUAGUGGACAUAGGGCUAUAGAGAGUGG